UACUGCAGCCCCUGUGUACUGUACACACCAGAGCCUGCAUGUGCUAGGUUAGCCCACCAGAAGGCUGGCCAGUACCAACACAAGACUCAAGCACGUACACACACACACACACCCAGAGACACACACUCCUAAACAGCAACAUCCUCUGCUGUAAGAGGAUGACGUUUGCUGUAAUACUGCAUUGCACUCUGGGGCCAGAAAAGUGAAAGAAGAGACGACUAGAAGAGGAUCAGAAGAGAAGAGGAGGGGAAGAAAACUACCAUCUGGUAGCAGCUCACCUCCAUGGGGAAACGGAAGUAGAGGAGCACGUAUUGAUGAACUGACAGAAAGAGAUAACGACCAUUGUGAGAGAGCACAGCUAAACUGACGGUCUGUCUAAAGAGAGAGAUAAAGACCGCAGUGAGAUGAGAGCAGAACUGAACAUGAACUCUUCCUCGUCCGAUGUGAACCAAAGCAGCUCUCCUUUCUGCCUGCUGGGCCUGGGCUACUCCUAUACCCUCAACACUUGCGUGCUGGAGGCGGCCGUCAUUCUCUUCCUCACUAUCCUCAUCAUCAGCGGCAACCUGGUGGUGAUCAUCGUGUUCCACUGUGCUCCGCUGCUCCACCACCAUACCACCAGCCACUUCAUCCAGACCAUGGCCUAUGCAGACCUCCUGGUGGGGGUGAGCUGCCUGGUGCCCUCCCUGUCCCUGCUCCACUACCUCAAGGGGUUGGAUGAGGAGCUCACCUGUCAGGUGUUCGGCUACCUGGUGUCCGUGCUGAAGAGCGUGUCCAUGGUGUCUCUUGCGUGUAUUAGUGUUGACCGCUACAUCGCCAUCACACAGCCAUUCUCCUACGCCACACUGGUCACACCAUGCCGCCUGCGCGUCUGCAUUGGCCUCAUCUGGCUCUACUCCGCCCUCAUUUUCCUGCCCUCCUUCUUUGGCUGGGGGAAGCCAGGCUACCAUGGGGACAUAUUUCGCUGGUGUGCGACCUCGUGGCAGACCGAUCCGGGCUUUAGCUCGUUCAUCGCGGCUAUGCUGUAUGCGCCGGCCGCCCUCACUGUGUGUUUCACCUAUGGGAAUAUCUUCCGUAUCUGCCGUCAGCACACCCGGGAGAUCACCCAGCGCCAUGCACGCUUCGGCCCCCAGGAGAGUGAAAGGGGCGAGCGUGGCGAAGGGUGCCCGGAUAAACGCUAUGCCAUGGUGCUGUUCCGAAUCACAAGUGUGUUCUACGUGCUCUGGAUGCCCUACAUCCUUUACUUCCUGCUGGAGAGCGCCGGACUCUACCGCCACCUGGUGGCCUCAUUCCUCACCACAUGGCUAGCCAUCAGCAACAGCUUCUGCAACUGCCUCAUCUAUAGUCUCUCCAACAGCGUGUUCCGGAAGGGCCUGGGCCGCCUGUUCAGGCAACUCUGCUCCCCCUGUCAGGGACUGGGCUGCUGCAUGGAGGAGAAGAAGGGGCCCGCUCUACCCAGGCCGCGCCCAGCCCCAGCCUGCCAUGUGUAA